GCGGAAGGAUAGCGCGCCUGUCUUGGCUUACGGGCAGACAGGCGCGUUCACGCGCACACACACACAUAGACACAGACACACACACACGCACACACACACGCACGCACACACACACACACACACACACACGCACACACACACACACACACAGAGAGAGAGAGAGAGAGAGAGAGAGAGAGAGAGAGAGAGAGAGAGAGAGAGAUCCACUUUUGGUUGUUGCUUUUCCUCCCCUCCCCUUUCUUUCUCUUGUCGUUUCCAUCGUUUGCAUCAAAGACGAAAUAAAAGGAAAAUACUAGUAAAUAUUUCUGUCUUUUUUGCUGUUUUUUUUUUCGUCCUUUCAUUGUGAUAGGUUCGUGGCAUUCCGGUUUCCAAAGUGCCACGUGGCUAUACGAUCCCGCCCAUACGUCACUUGGCGGGAGAGCGGGGGCGGGACGGCGGAAAGACAGCGGACAGCGGGCCUGUGGCACACACACACACACACACACACACACACACACACACACACACACACACACAGAGACACACAGAGAGAGAGAGAGAGAGAGAGAGAGAGUGCUGUUAGUGGCUUGCAAGCAAGCCGACGUGGUAGGGUACCGCCAUGAUGUACGGAGGUGGGGAAUCGUAUGGUGGGGCUAGUCAGUUCGACGGAGGGGGUUUUGUGUCUACCCCUGGUGGAAUGACAGAUGGCGGCGGAGGCAGUUUGAUGUCACCAAGCGGCAAGGGCGGCAGGGGGUCGCAAUCAAAUGCGUUGUUCCCAGUGACGGUAAAGCAGGUCGUUUCAGCGCAACAGAAGUCGGAGGAGAACUUCAUCAAUUUGGAUGGUCAAGAUGUGUAUAAUGUCACACUGCUUGGGAGGAUAGUGAGCAAAGAUGUCAGAAACACAGAGACCUCUUAUAUUCUUGAUGACGGCACGGGGCAGAUUACAAUCAAACAAUGGAAAGAUGUGGAUAAUGAUGACGAGAUUGAUCAACAAAGAUUAGUAAGUCUCGGGAUGUACGUGAGGGUCCACGGACACAUCCGCAUUUUUUUGGGAACACGUGGCAUCCUGGCCUUCGAUGUUCGGCAAAUUGAGGAUUACAACGAGGUCACAGCGCACUUCACGGAGUGCAUAUUUGUCCAUUUAUACAACAAGAGAGCAGCGCAGGGUGGAGUUGGUGGCACUCCGAUGUCAGCUAUGACACAGGAAGCAGGAGGUGGCUAUGGUGGCGGUCCCGGGUCAGCCCAGCAAACUCCAACUAGAGCCAAUGUUGGAAAUCAAUAUCUCCCUUCUGCACAAACACCCGGUGACAAUGGCGGUGGUGUGCCUGACUUGCAAAGAAUCGUGCUGAGCAUUUACGAAGAUGCGUCUUCUGUGGGCAGUGAGGAAGGGGUUCAUGUACAGACUGUGAUAAGCAGACUGGCCGGUCAAUAUCCCGAAAAGAAGAUCCGGUAAGGCUGGCUCAGAUUCUUCUUCUUCUUCUUCUUCUUCUUCUUCUUCUUCUUCUUCUUCUUCUUCUUCUUCUUCGUGAUGUUCUUCUUCUCCUCCUCCUCCUCUUCUUCUUCUUCUUCUUCUUCUUCUUCUUCUUCUUCUUCUUCUUCUUCGUUAUGUCGACGGAGGCAAUGAGUCAAUGUCCAUAGAUAUAGUGUUGUGGGGUUUAAAAAACCCUACAACUACUUUUCUGUUUUACUGAUUUAUUUUUUCGGGAAAAAAUCCCGAAAGUCCUCAGCCGGAACCCGA